AUGGCGAGACAAACAGCAACAACAACAGCAAGCCCUACAACUCCAUCUCCCCCAUCCAAAUACAUCCACUCCUCCACCUCGCCACCCCUCGCCCCUCACUCCCGUUCUCCCCCCAAAGCUCUCCAACCCCAACCCCUAAACCUCCCCCCCUCCCCCCAACGCGCAAAAAUCAUCCUCGGCUUCUCCGGCAUCGGCAAAACACACCUAGCCGCGCACGCGAACCGCGAAUUCGAAUGGCUGCACGUAAUCGACUAUUCACUCGAGCGACACCAUCUCGAUUUCAGCUGCGACUAUCAAACCGAGUAUCUACAGACGAUAUCUGCUGCGGUGUCGCAGCCGGGGGUGUUGUUAUUGGGAGGACCGCGAUGGGUGGGAGAGUUUCUGGUGAGGAAUAAGUGGGCGUUUAGUAGUGUGUUUCCGAGGGUGGAGUGUAGGGAGGAGUAUGCGGUGAGGUGGGAUCAGAUGGGGGAGGAGGAGGGAUUGGUUGCGCAUCGGUUGGUGGGGUGGGAGGAUGCGGUGAGGGAUAUGUGGUGGGGGGAGGGGAGGUGCAAUCAUUUUGAAUUGUGUGCGGGGGUUUAUUUGGAGGAUAUUUUUAUGGAUGUUUUGACGGCGGCGGAUCAUGUGGAGGGAUCUAGGGGUGGGGAGAGUGAGAAUGAGGAUGAGGGGUUGGGAGAGGUGUGGUAUGAUGCGCAUGAGGCAUUGGAAUCACCAUCCUCUUCUGCGAAACGGAAAAGAUCACGUACUGAAAAUGAUGCAAUACGACAAAUCGUCCAAAGUCUCAAGUCUCGCCAGUCUUCUCGAAUUCAAUCUUUCCUCAAUUACACUUUUCUGAUCCUUCAGUUUAUUUUCCUCUGUAUCCUAGCCACGCUCAUCCUACUAGCAUACAAAGAAUGGGAUCUUUGGCAAAUGAGGAACAAACCAAAUCUCCCUACCAUUGGAGAAUUUUCCGGUCUAAGUGGUCUGAGUAGGAUGCACAAUAUGUUUAAUCACUGGUUUCUUCCAGACUGUAUAUCAGCCAUUUUGCCAAACUCACGAAAAACGUGGCUGGGCACUUCUGACUUUCGGAAAGAACUUGUGAUAUUGGUUCAGAAGUGGUUAGACUUGGAAGAAUCUUUGUUGGGUUCUUGA